AUGCCUCCCCGUCUCGUUCCCCUCCGCCCACCGCCUCUACCUCUUACAUCCCUCCUCUUCCGCCAUCUCACCGUCUUCCGGCGUCCCUCGUCGACCUUUACCCCGCGCCCCUCCCCGCCCAAGCUCCCUGCUGACCAGCAAGCCGAGUUCGAGCGCCUCCAACGCACCGCCGCCGUCUCCUCGGCCUUCCAGCCUGUCUCAACGGCCACUGCUUCUGCCACCACCGCCACGCCGCCCGCCACCCAGCAGCCCCGGCACACUAUCGACACUGCCGACGACAACAGCCGCAACGACGACGACAACCAAGUCAACCGAGGUCUGUUCCGCGGCGCGCCGCCAGAGUUCAGUGGCCAUGUAAACCCCAAGACGGGCGAGGUUGGGGGCCCCAAGAAUGAGCCGCUGCGGUGGGGAGUUGCCGGCGACUGGAGCUACAACGGACGGGUUACGGAUUUCUGA